CUUGGACUCAGCACAGGUGCCGAAGGGUACGCGCAAUACAGCCAAAGGCAAUAGUAAUAAGUUAAGAAAGGAGAAACGAGAAAGAAACAAAGAUUCUUAGAAAAGUUGAGUAGGAUCUCGGCGCUGCCAGCAUGGAGCUAACGGACACCUCUCUCUGUUCCUUCUCGUCUGCUGAUGACUUCUAUGACGAUCCCUGCUUCUCCACUUCAGACAUCCACUUUUUCGAGGAUCUAGACCCCAGGCUGGUGCACGUCGGGCUGCUCAAAGCCGACCAGGUGCCGACCGAGGACGAGCACAUUCGAGCACCCAGUGGACAUCACCAAGCCGGUCGCUGCUUGCUUUGGGCUUGCAAGGCUUGCAAGAGGAAAACGACCAACGCCGACCGCAGGAAAGCGGCCACCAUGAGAGAAAGGAGACGCCUCAGCAAAGUGAACGAGGCGUUUGAGACGCUCAAGAGGUGUACCUCCACCAACCCGAACCAGAGGCUACCCAAGGUGGAAAUUCUCAGAAACGCCAUCAGAUACAUCGAGAGCCUGCAGGCCCUCCUGAGAGAACAGGACGAUAACUACUUCUCGGUCAUGGAUCAAUACAGUGUGGAUUCAGAUGCCUCUAGCCCACGGUCCAACUGCUCGGAUGGGAUGCUGGAUUGCAGCGGUCCCGCCUGCAGCCGGAGACGCAGCAACUAUGACAACAACUACUUCUCAGAUUCGCCAAACGAUUCGAAAAGUGGUAAAAGUUCCGUUAUCUCAAGCCUGGAUUGUCUUUCCAACAUCGUCGAGAGAAUUUCCACUGACCGGCCGACUUGUCCGGUAAUGAUGGUUCCAGAUGCCGCUCUGGGCAGUCCUUCGUCUCCCCGGGAAGGAGCUACUUUGAACGACCCCUCAGCCAUGAUCCCAUCGCCGGACAACUGCACUGGCACCGAGAUCCCGACUGACAACCCUAUCUACCAGGUCUUAUAACGGCUAAGGUUAAGCGCCAGUCCCGUCUGUGCCCUGGUGGAAAUGACUGAAUCGAAGAAAACAAAAACGAGACGGUACUCAGUCACUGGGAUUGGUUGACAGCUAAAGGGUAAAGCCUUCCAAGAAUAGACCAUUUCCUGAUCCCCCCGAGAUCGCGAAUUCCCAACUACAUGUAGUACAAUCUAAACAAUCACCAUAAUUAACACUUGUCUGGGUUCAGUUACAAUUGUUGCUUUUUCGUCCUUCUUCUUUAAAUGCAUCCCAAGUAAAAGAUGAUACAACACCUAAUGUGGACCACUUUUUGUACGACGUUGUGUAUAAUUGUAUAUAAGAGUUGCCUUCUGCCAACCAUUAAAAUAUUUAAUGUCGCUUGUUUAUAGAAAUGCCUGGUUUGAUGUGCCAAACUAAAUUUAUAUAUUUAUAUAUAUUAUAUAUUAUCAGUGUGA